AGAGAUUCGGUCGUUGUUUGAGAAGAAAGAGAGUUCAAAGAUGACCACUGAGAACGAGAAUGUCAAUGCAAGCUCAACCAACAGUUCAAAAGUGAGCAACGAGACAUCUAAACAAGGGCCCGUGAAUGGAAAGGGCGCGGAGGAGGAGAUCGUGCGGGAGGGCUUUGAGACUAUCCAUCUAGACCAGGCGAGCCCCAGGAAAGUGAUCGACCUGGGAGAGGGGAGCCUUGCCUUGAAGCUCCUGCGGCUGAAGGGCUUCUUGUCUCGAGGAGAGAUCAGCGAUGAGCAAUACAAGCUCGAGCAGAAGAGACUGUUGAGAGUGAGAUCGUUUGGCUGUCCUGAUGGCCAUGAGCUGGAGAAAAGCGAGAAAAAAGAGCAGGGAUGGAUAUGCAACGUCUGCGAGCAGCAGAUAGAUAUAGGAUCUGUCGUUUACAGCUGUCCAAUGUGUGACUGGGACGGUUGCAGCAAGUGUCUCAACGAGGCCAAGGCGACGGUCAAGGCUGCGGAGACAGAACAGGCAGGGAGCAGCGUCGAGCGCAUCUUGUUCCAGUGCGGAGGAAACCAUCCCCUGUCCUGCCAUCGUGCGAAGACCUACCAGUACGAGUGCAACCUCUGCCGCGAGUCACUUCCGAUGAAGUCGCUUGUAUUCAGCUGUCGUGAGUGCGACUGGGACGGUUGUGGCCUGUGCUAUGCCCGAGUGGGGAUGAAGGAUGCGAAGAUCGACAUGCAGACCGAAGUGGCAAAGCACGUUUGCCCAUCUCAGCACGUCCUCUAUGAGUUUUCCACUCCUAACUCGGAGUGGGCCUGUGACACUUGUAGAUCGGAGGUGUUCCGUUGGCGCUUCCACCCCUUUGAUCUCAAGGUUGUCUGCAGAUUGCUCAGGGUGCUAUCAUGUACGGCUGUAGAGAGUGUGAUUGGGAUAUAUGCAUCGAAUGCCUUUCCAAACAAGUCAAGCUCCCUGAAGCUGUGCAAGAAGCGCUUCCGAAGAAAGAGCCUUCUCUUGCCAGUGACAUCCUUCGGUUGAAGCAGUCGAAGCUUGCAGGCUGGUUGACGGAGGAGGAGUUCACCGUAGAGCUCAAGAAGUUGCUUGCGUCUCAGGGGAAGCCAACAACCCCCAGGGACGGAGUGCAGGUCACGCAGCAGACUGGAGGCGUCAAGCAGGAGCCUACCAAGACGGAGCCAAGGCAAGAGAUUCUUUCCAACUUCGGCUGCCUUAAGAAACAUGAGCUGAAGAUGUUCAAUGCCCCAGACGAUCAGUGGAGGUGCAAUCUAUGCAACCAAAUUGUCCAGGUCGGCACAGUGAUGCUGGGCUGCCGGGCCUGUGACUGGGAUGGUUGUCAUGCUUGCUACGACAAGGAUAGGGAAGAGAAUGCACAGCUCGUCAAGGGGAGCCCCUGCUGGUACAAGAAGCCCGACGGUAGCCUUGUCCAGGCGGUCAUCGAGAGUGUCGAUCAAGCUCACUCUCCGCCCUCCUACAUCGUGGUAGUGGAAGGCAGUGCGCGCGAGACAGAGCGGGAGAGGCUACUUGCCUUCCUUCCUCUCGCGAAGUCGGUGGAGCUGCAGCAGGAACAAGAGAAGCUGCGAGCUGAGGCGACCUCGAAGGUUGGCGCGGAGGCUCCCGAGCCAUCUUCGUAGUUCCAGCGAUGCCUGACCAGAUGCCUAGCUGUGAGUCACGACCCCUUUAAUAUGAUCGGACACGCAGAUCACGUUUUAACGGAAUAACAGUACACAUGGGCACCCAGCCCACUAUGAAAG